UUAAGGCCGAGCACAUCAGUUCAGUUUCAGAAUUUCGCUUUGCAAGAUCUACGCUAAAACAAUCUGUUCGGAUUAUAAUGCAGCCGGUAACAUUUGUGCUUUGUAUACUGGUGCUGGGCGCCCAUAUGCUGUUGGUUCUGAGCGAUUGUGAGGUGGGCGGCCAGAGCUUGAAGGUGGGUCAGACGUAUAAGCCACCGGAUCGUUGCAUUGAGCACACCUGCCAGCCUAACGGCUCCAUAAAGGGCAAGACCUGCCCCCAUGUGGCCACACUGAAGCCGUGCAAACUGGUCGAGAAUGUCAAUGAACCCUUCCCCAAAUGCUGUCCAUAUUACGAUUGUGACAAUAAUCUCAAGCUAUAGAUCAACUGUCGACUUGAAAUUCAUAAAAAAAAUAUAUAUAUACAUAUAUAUAUAUGCAUGAUCCUUGCUGUUGGCUUUGUGCACAGUGCUGCCAGAUAUGUUUUGUUUGGUCUUAAAAAUACGCACAGUGUGGCAGCAUGUUUAGAAUACAUUUUGCUUUGUGUAGUA